AUGAGACAACAAAUUAGGCUAGAGCUAUCUAUCUGGUUAGUAUUUGUGUUUGGGCCGUGGAGUAGGUUAGGCCUGUGUACUUGUGAGAAUGAGCAGGAUCAGUGUGCAAAGCUUAACUUUGAUAACUUUGAUUGUAGUAAAGGUCAAUUAUAUAUACCUUAUCCUUGUGGAGCCGACGGACUGGUUUCUCAAAUUAAGUUGGCCACAACAAACAUUACCACAGAGACUCUCUGUUACGCCGCCGAUCCUACAUUGUACUCUUUUGUGCAUUUCAGAUCGCGGACCAACUUACCUUGCAGCUACGUUAGCCCUGAACAAGAAAACCCAAAUCCAGCGCCAAGUAGAGGAGAGAUAAGACCAUUUGGCUCGAUAUAUUGUACCACUGUGAAUAUUAUGGCGCUGGUGGAGAUCAAGUUUUGGCUGUUGUGGAUCACUAUUAACGGUUCGCCAACAAAUACCAAGGCUCUCAAGUCACAGAUUGCUAAGGCGGUUCAAGAAGUAAAGAGUGACGCAGAAUCUAGGGAUCUACCGCUCGCAUUGGUCAUUCAAUGGUGCCCCCAGCCUGUCAAACCAGGGACCCAGUUCAACCGGAGUCAAUACAUUAAGAGAUUCGGUGCACUCCUGGCUGAUAUCAAAAUCAAGACGAUCAACUCAUUUGUUAUUCUACUGGACCCUUUAAUCUACAGUCUAGCUACUCAGACAGAAUCGGACAUCAGCCUAGCAAAGAAGACAAGUUGGUUUUAUCACACCCUCUUACACAAACACAAAUACAUCUUUACGGCGGUAUAUGUGUAUAUCAAAAACAGUACAGUGGCACCGGGUGAUAUGAAUGUGGAUUUGGGUGUCUUUUUUGAGCUAUUACAUCGAAAAACAGAGAGCUUUGGCUUGAAAGUGUGCUGUCCCGAGCUAGCGGCGAUCAACUUGACUCUGGAUUACCUAUCCAACCUAGAAGCCACCCAUCUUAAAUAUCUAUACAUACUUGAUCGACUAACUUUAGAUUUCCCCAAAACCAAGAUUGGCCGGAUUGGGCUAUACUCCUUACUAGUAGUUCGUGUGCUAGAUAUAGUUUCGCUAGAUUGCCAAUCUCUUUUUCUUCAGCUAUUUCAGAACAGAAGGUUGGCCCUUUGUCUGAAUAGCCUUACGCUCUUUAUCAAAAAAACCGACCCCAUUCUUUCCCAAAGCAAGUCCAAGUCCAAAGACUAUAUGCUUCGUUUAACUAUGAAUUCUAAAAUGAACCUCACUGAUUUCUAUGUUGGUGUAGCUCUGCCCACUAACGGUUGCAAAUCCACUCAAGAUAAACAGAUCAAGAAAGAACUACAACUAAUUGGAUCAGACAGCAGUCCCAACACAACAAUCGCUAUAACAGUCCUUUUCGCGCUAGGGUUACAUUGGGUCCAUCUAACCCAAUCAAUUAGACCUAACUUUUCUGCCGAAGAAGAGAAAUAUAUCUUGGAAGUGUGGCUUAAACUAAUAACAAUAGAAGAUAGGUCCCUAUCAAUAAUCAAAACAACCAGAUGUCAGUUAUAUUUUUAUAGCUCACUGCUUAUUAAAUGGCCCGGGAUAGAAUUAAUACCUAAGACAAUCUACCCAGAUCCGUUGAAAAAUGAAAUGCUUAGCUUUAUCUCCACAUUGAUAACCGAGCUCUCUCUUCUGUUGAAUAAGUAUGCAUCCCUUCAAACCCUAGACUGUUUAGUCAGUCUGUGUAUGUCUAACUGCGACCUGGCGAUCAUCUUCUUAAACUAUCUCCUCUUAAACAAACCAGACCCACUGAAUGAGAAAAUUAUCCUGCCUGUCACAACGAUCAUGUCACUACUUGUUAAGCUGUCAACUACGCUAGGACCCCACCAUAAUCUAGCGACAAUGAAACUCAACGGUAUCAAUUAUGAUAGGAUAAGUGUGCUGGCUGAUAUUGUUAUGAGCCAGAAGCUGUCAGAUGACUCUACAUGCCCAACACCUCGGCAGGUGCGAGACACAAUGUCUCAAUUAAGUUGUGUUAUGUUGACUUAA